UUUUGUUUUCGUGAUCAUGGAUGAUUUGGCAGCCCGCGUCGCGGAGAUGAUGGAGUUCUGUCCACACAUCACUGCAGACGAUGCGCGCCAGUACCUCCAGCGGCACGGAGGCAGCGUCGAGCAAGCAGUGCAGGUGUUGUUCAGCCAGCCGAGCCGCUCAGCACCGAGCUCGACCAGCGGCGGACCAGCUCCGUCGUCAUUGCCAUUGUCAUUGUCAUCAUCAUCGUCGCUGUCAUCGACUAGUACGCAUGCUGCAGCAUUGGCGGAUGCUACGUCGCCGAGGGUGGCUGAUCUGCCGCCGACGCUGUCAUCGAGCUCGACUGCGAUCGUGCCGUACAACGACGCGACGGCCGCCGCCAGGCCCAGCACUGGUGCGACUGGGACGAGUAGCACGACUGGCAGAGGGAUCAAGCACGUCCCGACGGUGGCGGUGGAGGGCGACGACGACCAGCUCCAAGCCGCCCUCUCGCGCUCGCUGCAAGACCAGCAGCACACUGGUGCCGGUGGACGCAACGCAGGCGGCAAGGGAAUGGAGCACGACGACAUUGAAUUGUCGCGCGCAAUCGAGGAAUCGCUGAGCACAAGCCGGAACGCGAAUGGCAGCAAUGGCAGCAAUGGUCAUGGCACAGACGAGGCCAAUCUUAUGCUGUUCAGCGAGCCAGUCCAGCUGCGUGAGCCGGGCGUCCCGACGGGCCUCCGCAACAUUGGAAAUACGUGCUACUUUAACUCAUUCCUGCCAUUGUACUUUUCCAUCCCCGAGUUCCGGAAGGCGGUGCUCGAGGUUCACGUUGACACGCAGCAAGCGGAGGUUCGCGGGCAGAUUGCUGCGUUGCGCGAUUUCGACCCAGCCAUCAGCACUCUCCGGAAAAGAGACUUUGCAUUCACGUUCAUCAAGGAGCUGCAGGCGCUGUUUGCGCUCCUGAUUGUCUCGCGGGAGAAAGCCGUCAACCCGACGCUUUUGCUAAACUCGUUCGUCAAUGACAGCGGUCAGAAAGUCGAGGUUGGUCCCCAGCAGGAUGUUGGCGAGUUUGCCCAGCUCUUUCUCAACCGGGCCGAAGAAGGCCUUGGGUCGGGACUCUCCACGCCUUCUGGAACGCCUUCCAGGUCUGAGAACAUUGUGAAACGACUCUUCUUUGGCUCAAUCACCGAGCGCAGCUAUGCACGAGAGCUCGACGGCACUGAGGUCACCAACACGAGCACGGCCGAGUUUGACUCAAUCAUCUUGCCAAUUCAAGACCAUCAUUCUCUGCAAGACUCCUUGGAUGCCUACACCUUUGUCACGGACAUUGAGCACUUCCGAACGCCACGAAACCACGUCACUACUGCACAAAAGGACGCUUGGUUCCGAGUCCUGCCUCCGGUGCUCAGCAUUCAGCUCAAGCGCGUCGUCUUUAACGCUAAGACCAACAGCGCCGAGAAGCUCAACUCAAAGUUUGAGUUCCCGGCCGAGUUUGCCAUGGAUCGCUUCCUCGAUGAACAUCGAUCUGCAGCCCUCGCUGUGCGCGAGCGGGUCGUGAUUUGGCGCGGCCAAUUGCAGGACGCUCAAAAGCAGCUCAAUACGCUCACCAAUUUCGAAGGCGGCGUCAACUCUAUUGAGGAGCAUAUUCGCUGCACCGGCAGGUUUAUCGAAAAUGCAGCCAAGGGUGGAUGGCCCGGCGGCGCGGUCAGCGAGCCGCGAGAAGUUGACAUGCUCCUCCGUUCCCUUCAAACUUGGCUGGUGGAGGUGCACCGGACCACCGCCGAACUCCGCGCAACCAUUGCAAACCUAGAGAUGAAGAUUCGAGGCGCGUUUGACGCCACCAUCCCUCCCCGAACCAUGUACCGCCUCCAUGCAGUGCUUGUGCACCGCGGACAGGCCAUGUUUGGUCACUAUUGGGCCUUCAUUUUCGAUCCAACAUCUCAAGAGUGGUGGAAGUACAACGAUUCGGAGGUUUCCCGCGCGAGCUUUGAAGAGGUAGAGCGGCAGUCCAUGGGCGGCGACCUGACCAACAACACCAGCUCCGCGUACUGUCUCGUCUAUGUGGCCGCCAACUGGUUCCCUCAUCAACAGCCAAAGGCGGCACCCGACCACAUGACUCCCGAGCGCCUCAUGGAGAUGGUCUCUCCGCAACUUCGGGAGCGCCUCAUCCGAGAGCGUCAGACCUUUGAAAAGAAGGUGGCACAAGAGCGCGGCCUGUCUUCUCAAGCGGCAGCAAGCGUCGACGUCGCUGCUCAAGGCGACAUUGGUCCCUCCGCCAUGGCUUGGAGCGCCUCGUCCGCUGCUGCGCCCCCGCCUAGCUCUCCUCAAGUCGCGCAAGACGAGAAUGUUCCACCUUCCGUCAUGGACCAACCUGUUGAGAUGGAGAUCAUCCCACUGACACCCAGUCAUCACGGCGCUGGAGCUGUCCCAGGCUCCCCCACGAACGGUGUCAAGCGUAGCUACGAAGCACCUAGCUUGGAAGACAACCAAGGUGGAGACACCACUCACCAACACAAGUCACUUCGCAUGACGAUCGAUUCUGCUCCCCCAUCGGCCGCAUCCACGACGACAGACUCAAUCAUCUCGCAACACCUACGCGAUCAGUUUGCGGUGAAAUUCCAGCGAGCUCUGGCCAUGCGCACGAGCGAAGUACGGUCCAACAGUCCCGGCUCGACUUUUGACGUUCGUAUCGGGGAUUUCACUGCCUACCUGUUUUGCUCCCGUGCCCCCGAUUUCAUCAAGCGACAUGUGCUGAGUCGAGCAGUGCUUGCGGAAUGUUUUUUGUUUGAAGCAUCCAUUUCCGAGGCCUCGCUGUCCGAGGCUUCGCUGUCUGAGCACGAUUAUGCUCUGUUGGCAGCUGUUGGUCAAGAGGCUACUUAUAUUGUUCUGGAUCCCGCGCACGCGUCGAUCUUGACAGACUGGCAACGCGCGUACAACGAGUUUCUUGAAGUGACUACUCUUUGGAUCAACGGACUCGAUUAUCAAAGGCAGGCACAGCACAAUCUGGCGCUCCCGUACUUGUUCAACGCGGUGGUGGCGAAUGCAGAGUUGAAGCGACUUCAUUUCGGCGCAUUCCCGGACAGCAAAGUCUCAGCACCAUUCUUGAUUAGUCUGCGGAUGCUCUUGGUCGUUCCUCCUCCACGCACGGAGACUGUUCAGUUGCGCUCUGCCCUGCUUCGAGCGAUGGCUGCCUUCGAGGCUGCGCAGCGAUUGCGAUCGAUGAUGGAUGAUUUGGAUGGUUUGGAGGAAUUAGUGACGAAUCAAAAGCAGGCCUGGCUGUCUUUCCUCCAAGAUUUGGACAACCAAAGUGUUGAUGAUUUGAGCGCGCCCUUUUUGACCCAACUGCUGAACGACGGUGUCUCCGAAUGUCCUGAUCUUGAACGGCCCAUUGUUUCGGACGAUGUAGAGAACAUUGGCAGCCGGUUCAGGAGUAUGUUUGAUACUCAGACCUUCUGAGAGGAUUGUUGGAUUUUUUGUUGGCUUGUUUGUUGGUGGGUUUUGGGUUUUUGUUGGUGUUUUUUUUUUUUGGGUUUGUGUUCUAGCAAUGCGCAUGGUAUGGGAAAAAACAAAAUAGCAACACCUUCCAGAGCAC